GUGUGGAUUGAUUUUUUCUUGCUGAUUUACAAAGAAAUGGAAAAACAUAAAAUUGUUUUCUAGUGCAAACAGACAUUAAUAGGGUAAAAUCAUCUUUUCAAUUUGAAAUUGAGCUAAUAAUUUGCUACUGGACUGAACUUCCUUUUUCCUUGUUCUAAAAAUAAAAUCAGUCUGCGUAACGAAACCCUAGACAGAAAGCCUUCGAGAAAUUUUGUUCAGCAGUUGGAAAAUAACAUGUGAGAGCUUUUGUGUCUUUCACCCUGCGGGCAAUUCUCAAGAAGUAUGGAGACAUAGCGGAAAACUGCCAGCUAAACUCAGCCUCAAUUGCGUGUUUCUCACUUGGGGUGCUUAUGCUCCGUGUUUCAAGAGUUGCACUUUGCUCCAUUCUAGCAGUUGGCCAAAGCGAUCGUAAAAGAAGGAAUCAGCAGGGAUUGAUGUUGCCUCGCUCAAGGAAAUCUUGAAAGCAGUCCAGCUCGCUAGUCAGCUCCAUGUAAUGGAAGGAAAAAAAAUCUGACCAAGAGCGUUCUUUGAAGUUGAUGAGAGAGGAGCUAGAAUCUCAGUUGCAAGAUUUAGAUCAAAAAAAGAAAAAAAGUAGGCAGCCGAUGCCAGGGUUCGGGUUGCAGACUCAAAAGGUAAGUUGAGAGUGCUUGAGCUUGAAUAUUAUGAACUGGACAAUACUGUCUACUCCAUAAAGUUCAUUCUCGAAGCAUUUUAAGGAAAAUCCACGGAUGAUGAGCUUUUUAAUGCAUUUUCCAAACAAGAAGCCACUGGUUGAUGAUGCUUGGCUAGUUGUCUUCGUAAAAAGUGCUUCUAGUUGCCUUUGGUUAGGGCAUAAACUGACUUUUAAUCUUGUAACAGGGAUUGCCUUGACCUUGGAAAUCAAGAACAAUCUUGAGAGAGGAAUGGCAUUGCCUGACUAAGGUACUUGCUUAUUGGAGCACUUUGUUUGAAUAACAUAUCCUCUCGUCU